UUUGCAAAGAUGCUGGUUAGAAGAUAUUGUUUUCUCCAUCACUGUCCUACAGCUGGGGUCCUUCUUUGGUUCCUACUGUCCACACGGUUUACAGGGAAUAAGAGUGAGGCCAACCCAAAAUAUAGUAUCACUGCAACAAAAUCUGUCACAGCCCAGAUUGGGCUCUGUGUGCACAUUACCUGCAGCUUUAUCAUCGAAAGAGAGCUAACUGGAAAUGCCAAAGGACUCUGGUAUAGAGAAUAUUACCGUGAUGGCAAAUUAGUGGCUUCUAAAACUGGUUCUGUGCAUGACCCAGGACGAAGGUUCUUGCUGACUGGGGAUGUGAGUAAAGGAGACUGCUCAUUCAGCAUCAGUGAUGUAGAGUAUUCUGAUUGGUCAAGCUAUCAAUUCAGAGUAGAAGACAACGACAUAAAAUUCACUUAUUUUGAUAUCCGGCCUUUAGUAAGAGUGGCAGGUAUAACAGAUAAAACUGCAAUCACACACUCGGAGAAUCUAUUGGUGGAUAAAGAGGUGACACUCACCUGCACUGGUCUUGGCAGAUGUUCUGAGACCAGUUACAGCAUGAGGUGGGAUGGACUAGAAAACCUACAAUCUGUGUCAUCGAAUAAGCAACAUGUAACAAAUCAAAAUGGCAGCACGACAUUCUACUCAAAUAUCACAUUCAUUCCAACAAAGGAAAAUGACAAGUCUUUUAUAAGCUGUAUGCUGAUAUACGAAACUAAGAGGGUCUCAAUUACAGGAGGUAUCAUCCUUGAUGUUCAAUAUCCACCCUACAUGAAUAUCUCCAUUACAGGUGGAUUUAAACCUGAUGCAAAGGAAAACACAUCUAUUGUGCUCAGAGAAGGCAAAUCUAUUGUUCUAGAAUGCAAGGUAGCCAGUAACCCUACCUCUAGCAUUAACUGGUGGAUUGGAAGCAAUAAACAUGAGAGUUCGGUUGGUGCUCAGACAAGGACUUACAGUCUACAGAAUAUCUCACCUAAGGAUGCGGCCAUUUAUCUCUGCUUGGCCCAGAAUAAUCAUGGCAACACCAGCAAAUUUUUUAAUGUUAUCGUCCAGUAUCCUCCAAGGACACCAAAUAUUUCUUGUUCAAUUGGUUGCUCAGUGAAUGCAAAAUCCAUUGUCUAUGCUGAGGAGGGGUCAUCAUUUAAAUUAUUCUGUUCAGCUGAGAGUUUACCAGCAGCCAACCUGUUUUGGAUUAAGGAUCGUCAAAACACUAUGCAGACAUCGUCAAAUGGACCACUGACUGUGAACAAAGUAUCAUUCGGAGAUGAGGGAACAUACACCUGCACAGCAAACAAUUUAUGGGGCAAUUCUUCGAGUAAUAUAACAGUCAUGAUGACAUACGGACCCAAAUCUGUGGGAGAUAAAUCAAGUUGCUCGAUGAGAGAAAGCCUUGUCGAAUGUACCUGUGUUAUCCAGUCAUUUCCACUAACAAAUAUCACAUGGAAAAUCAAUAUGAAAUAUUACAUUACGAACAUUAGCAAUGACAGCCUUCACAUUGUUACAGUAAAACAGUCGCAUUCAAUCAGCACUAGCAACUUGACUCUGAAAUUAACAGAUGGUAAAAAGCCUCUGAUCGAAUGUAUGACUUAUAAUGAUAUCGGUGAUCUCGUUCUAAGACUUUUAGAUAACUCUGGGGACAAUUCUUUCCAAUCUAGUAUUCCUGGAGUCAUUACAGGAGUUGUGAUCAUCGUUCUGUGUUUAGUAACAGCAGCCUUGAUUUUUACGUAUUCCAGAAAGAGAAAACUGUCAGAAAAAAAUGGAAACAUGAAGACUUCCAUUGUAAGCAACUCAGAGGCAAUUUAUUGCAACACCAAUCACACUCCCAAAAUAGUUCCAGAGGAGCAACUAGAAGACCAAGACACCAAAACAGAAGAUGACUCGAUAUAUAUGAAUUGUGAUAAAGAACCGCAAUAUGUGACACUCGAUUUUUCAAAGAUGCCACCCAGAAUUGUUCCAGAGGAAGAGGAAGUAGAAUAUUCAGAAGUCAAAUGCACACAAAAACACAACUGAUCAUAUUAUCAUGCCUACACAUGGCAUUACGGGUUAUAUAUGAUUGGUAUGAUAUCUCAACUGGAUAUUAUAUUAAAUAUAUGGGAAAACUAUACCGACCAUGAGAUCAUAUGGACUGCCUUAGCUGCCAUAUUUUUUAUCGACUGAUGUCUUAGGAGGCCGAUUAUGAUAAACUGAUUUACAGUUGUUUAUAUCUUAUGUGAUAUAUUUUGACCUGUUGGACAAUAUAUGGAAGCAAUGAAAAAGGCCAAUCUUUCAGUGAGUCUGAUGAGGACCUUUAUUUUUAGAAGAUUUUCUUUGGACUAUGCAAAAAUCUCACACCAUGCACUGCAGAAAAGUUGAAUCAUGGUUCAUUGGAACUUCAAAAUUAUUGUUAGGUUAUAUAUAAAGUUCCAAUAUAUGCCAAAACUCUGCACAAUAAUUAAAGUAAAAAAUAAGUAGAGGAUUAUAUAUAACAUGAGGAAUAUGGUUUACAGUCCUAUAUUACAAGGCGAUGCCAAACCGUCUAGCUUUUGACGUAGUUGGGGCAUUAAUGCACCAAAAAUAAAGUGCAAUACAUUCAGAAGGCAAAUUAGAUUAUCAGAUGAAAAUGUUUUAUGCUCCACAUUGAUUGUAUAAAUUAUGUGAUAUAGACAGCAGAUAGAGAGUAAAAUAAUGUGAUUGGUAGUUAGAAAUAAUUGGUUUGAGGGAAUUAAGCAAUAGUUUAUUGUGGUAGCGUCAUUUUAAGAGGUAGAAUUUACAAUUUAGGGGAAGUCUCACAGAAUAAUAUAAAGCAUUUCAUAAAACAUCUCUAGAAAAGUCUGUAUGUCCCAGAAUAGGAGGUAUAGAAGUUGGACAAAUGGGUGGGUUGGCCAGAAAGGGGCAUUGGAUAUGGGUGACCCUGCUUGUAAAAUGGGUUAGUCUAACUGAUAAGGAAUGUGUCAGUCUGUUGUGCAUUAUUAUUAUUAUUAUUAUUUAUAAAGCACCAACAAAUUCCGUAGCGCUGUACAAUGGAUGGGCUAACAAACAUGUAAUUGUAACCAGACGAGUUGGACACACAGGAACAGAGGG